AUGGCUAGUACUGUCAAUAUAUAUACGAACUCUAUGGUGUUCCAUAUGUACCGGAUUAUGGCAUUGAUUUCCGGCCGUGGAGUGACUCACUUUGUCCUGUUUGAUUGCUCCAAGUCCUUUGCUGCUACCUGUAAGGAACUCCGCGUACCUGAAAGGUUUGCAACAGAAGGCGAGAUUAUCAACAGUCCUAUCAUAGCAGCCUUCAAGACUGCUAUAGUGGACAGUGAUAAAAUUCGAGUGCACAUAGUUCCAUCACCACCUAUAGGUGUAAAGGACAUUCUGCAGUCAUUGAUGAAUGUAGUCGCAAAUUGUUUCGGCAUUAAACGCAAAACUAGCGCGUUUCAGUUCUUGGACAGGAAGCCACAUCUAGUGAAGCAGUUGAGAGACGGCUACAAAUAUCUGGCAGAUAAUUAUAUCAUUGAUUCGCUUAAUCAAGCGCGAGACAGAGUGAGUUUCUUUGGAGACGGGGAGGGAGCAUUCGUUGCCAACGCUCUUGCAGAGAUAAUUCGCAAAACUGCGACGCAGACCAAAUUCAUGCGAGUAGAACUACUCGGGAUGUGGCAUGACCCAGAUGCACCUGCUCAUCAGCAUAAGCUAUGUAGCCUACUUGACUGGUCUGGUGCUAAUGCCAGUCUUACACCAGUCGGAGGAAGCAACUCCUUUGUGGUGCCUGCAGCAAAGUCCAUCCCGACCCACUCAGCUGCCCGCUUCAGCACAUGCUUAGUAUGCUGCGAUCAACGUAAUGUAAUACAUAUUACGAAAAGUACAGCAUUGGAUUCCGGCAGGAAAGGCAGAGUGCACGAUCACGUGCGAGAGUGCGAGAAAAAUGCCGGAUUAGGGCUCAAACUUAUUAUGUAA